AUGGCGCAGCCGGUCGGGCCGGCGGAGGAGCCGGUGGAGCCUGCAGCCGCUGUCGAGAUGACUGCUGUUGCUGCUAGAUGGGGUCUGGCACCCCUGCACGCCAACCACAGGCGGAAGAGAUCACAUCCGGGCGGCCGGAAGAAGGCGGCAGAGCGGUUUGCCGGGAAGACCCUGAUAUCAGCGCUGGAGUUGGUUGCGGGGAGUGAGAGUGGUGCUGACGAGGGUGAGAGUGGUGCUGACGAGGGUGAGAGUGGUGCUGACGAGGGUGAGAGUGGUGCUGACGAGGGUGAGAGUGGUGCUGACGAGGGUGAGAGUGGUGCUGACGAGGGUGAGAGUGGUGCUGACGAGGGUGAGAGUGGUGCUGACGAGGGUGAGAGUGGUGCUGACGAGGGUGAGAGUGGUGCUGACGAGGGUGAGAGUGGUGCUGACGAGGGUGAGAGUGGUGCUGACGAGGGUGAGAGUGGUGCUGACGAGGGUGAGAGUGGUGCUGACGAGGGUGAGAGUGGUGCUGACGAGGGUGAGAGUGGUGCUGACGAGGGUGAGAGUGGUGCUGACGAGGGUGAGAGUGGUGCUGACGAGGGUGAGAGUGGUGCUGACGAGGGUGAGAGUGGUGCUGACGAGGGUGAGAGUGGUGCUGACGAGGGUGAGAGUGGUGCUGACGAGGGUGAGAGUGGUGCUGACGAGGGUGAGAGUGGUGCUGACGAGGGUGAGAGUGGUGCUGACGAGGGUGAGAGUGGUGCUGACGAGGGUGAGAGUGGUGCUGACGAGGGUGAGAGUGGUGCUGACGAGGGUGAGAGUGGUGCUGACGAGGGUGAGAGUGGUGCUGACGAGGGUGAGAGUGGUGCUGACGAGGGUGAGAGUGGUGCUGACGAGGGUGAGAGUGGUGCUGACGAGGGUGAGAGUGGUGCUGACGAGGGUGAGAGUGGUGCUGACGAGGGUGAGAGUGGUGCUGACGAGGGUGAGAGUGGUGCUGACGAGGGUGAGAGUGGUGCUGACGAGAGUGUUUUUGCUUUGGGAGGAGAGUGCCAUCAAGAUAACAGCCAUGGUAAGUGA